UCAGAGCGGCUGGGGUUUCCUUCUGCUCUCCGUCCAUCUUGGCGCAGUCCGUCAGUGCUGUUGGAGGGCUCCCACAGUGGUUGACUCAGUGUUAGUACUUUUUGUUAGUACUUGGUGUCUUCGUCACCUCUGAUACUUUCACAGUGUGGUGCUGUUCCCAAAGGGACACGUUUUGGGCCGGGGUUGUGGGAGUGAGUGAGAUGGGCUGAUCUCUGUGGGGUAAUGCUGGGGCAGCAGCACAGUUUGCUGUUCCUCUGCACAUUUGCCUUCUGAAGUGAAUGGUUGUUUGCUUUUAAACCUCUGGUUGAUCAAAGGAACCAAUGGAGACGCUCGGGAACUCUUAAAUGUGGCAGCAGUUUCGUGAACAAUCAGAAAUGCUACUGCAUUCUUUAAAACUUUUUUGUAGGUAAUGAUGGCUGCUGCCUCUGAGGCUGCAAACUCUGAGGGGAAACAGCUUCCCAAUAAGACAGAAACUAUGAUCUGGAAACCCAGAAAAGAAUGUUUGCUGCAGAAUAUUCCACCUGUUCCUCAUGGCAAGUCUGAAGAAAGUCAGCCUGCUUCUACCUCUCCCCAUGAAGAUGAUGUCAGUGGCUCUACUGAUGAGGGCUGGUGCAAUAUAUUUGCUGGCCUGGAUGUGUGGAAUAGCGAAAUUUCCAAUAUACCUGAGUCUUCAGGGCAGCAAGAUGCAUCUGCCCAAGAGGUGGAGGACUGGGAUAAAGAACUGGAGGAGUCUGCUUGUAGUCCUUAUGAUGCUGACGAUUUCUCCUGUGGAAGUUUUGAGGACAAUAAUCUUUUCGGCUCAUAUGUUUGGAAGGAGGAUUGGUUUUACAACCCACGCUGUCACCACACACCUUGCUUUGUUUUUCCUCCAAAAAUUAGAACAGUUGAGAAGGGCCAGUUUGAUGAUGCUGAGGUUGAGCCUGGUCAGAAAUAAGUUUGGCUUCUGUGUUGGAUUGUGUUCUUCAGAGACUGAGCUGUGUCAAAUCCCUUGGCUUUUGCAGAGUUGGACCUGAGGCCAGAAAUGUGACACCAUCUCCAGAGUUUUGUUUAGACUGUUUCUGAACUGUUCAUAAACUGUCCACCCUUGCCCUGGAGACAAGAGUGCAGGUGCUGGGUGUAAGGAGUCAUGCAUUUCUGGAGGUUCUGUUUGUGUUAUAUAGAUCUGUGUUGUUAAUUAAUUGCUUGAAAAGUAUUUAAUUUCUAAACCUCAGUUUGUUUGCCAGGCUUCUGUCAGUUUUGACAUGCUGAUCCCUGUGUUUUUGUGUAACUUUUAGUUUUCUUUCCUUUUCAUUUGAUGCUGUCAGAUUGGCUUGGAUAGCCUUAAAAACUCUCCCUCCUUCAAGCUUGUCUGUUGUAUUUCCAUAUGGUUCUAAUGACCAUUUGUGAUUCUUGUACUGGUG